AUGGGUAGAGAUAAUAUAUUACAGUACCAAUUAAAUCAUGAUCAUGAAACUGAUUUAAGUACUACACCACCAGAUGAAAGAUUGAAACAAUUGGAAAUACAUAAUCAGAAGAAGGGUCAAGUAUUUAGAAAUGAUAAUUUCCCCUUCACAUUAUCUAAAAACUCUACCAAAGAAGAUUUUUUGAAUAAUAAUCAAUAUUACGUUGACUCGAUUCAUCAUAAUCACUCCAAUCAAAUAUUUGAAUUAAACGGUAAAGGACAGUCCCCCCACACGUUAUGGAUUGGCUGUUCUGAUUCCAGAGCCGGUGAAUCUUGUUUGGCUACCUUACCGGGGGAGAUCUUCACCCACCGUAACAUUGCCAACAUCAUAAAUUCCAAUGAUAUUUCAAGUCAGGGGGUGAUACAGUUUGCGGUGGAUGUUUUGAAAGUCCGUAAGAUUAUUGUAUGUGGACACACUGAUUGUGGGGGUAUUUGGGCCUCGUUAAGUUCUAAGAAAAUUGGCGGUGUUCUUGAUUUGUGGUUAAAUCCAAUUAGACAUACUAGGGCUGCGAAUUUGAAAUUAUUAAAUCAAUAUAAUGAUAAUCCAAAGGAAAAGGCAAAGAAAUUGGCUGAAUUAAAUGUCAUUAAUUCUGUGCUUGCAUUGAAAAGACAUCCAUCUGCUUCGAUGGCUUUGAAAAAUGGUGAUAUCGAAGUUUGGGGGUUAAUGUAUGACGUUAGUACUGGAUUAUUAAAUGAAAUUGAAAUCCCCAAUGAUGAAUUCGAAGAUUUGUUCCAUGUACAAGAUGAUGUUGAAGAUAAUUUAGGUCAUUAAACUUAUAUACUCUAUAAUAUAUAUAUAUAUAUACUUUUUCUAGGUAUUUUCC